CAAACAAAAAAGGAAGAAGCUUUUCUCAGUUCGUACCUGUACAAAUUUUCCCACCAAAUUGAAAACCCAGAUACCAAUUGCUACCAACAGCAAUGGCCUCUCCUACGCCGGACGCAGCGACCCUUUCAACCCUCUUGGCAGCCAUUGACAUGGGCACCAACUCCUUCAAGCUGCUCAUAGUCCGAGCAUACCAAUUCUUCACCAUCGACCAAUUCAAAGAGCCGGUGGUUCUCGGCCGCGACACCAUCUCAUCGUCAUCAACACCAACCCCUUUUGCCCUCUCGCACCACUCCCACCUCCUUGCUCUCGAAUCCCUCAAAAAGUUUCAGAAAAUCCUGAAAUCCUACAAAACCAGCAAACCCCAUGUCCGCUGCGUCGCGACCGCUGCCGUGCGCGAAGCCGUGAACAAAGCUGAGUUCUUGGAAUGCGUGAGGGAGGAGGUGGGUUUGGAGGUCGAUGUGCUGCCCGGUGAGGAGGAAGCUCGGCUGGUUUAUCUGGGUAUGGUGCAGUUUUUGCCGAUAUAUGAGAAAUUGGUGCUGGGUGUGGAUAUCGAAGGUGGGUCUACUGAGUUCGUGAUUGGAAAGGAAGAUGUCGUUUUGGGGUCUUCGUUGAAGCUGGGGCAUGUUAAUUUAACCCAAAAGUUUGGGGCCAGUGAAGGGAAUGCUGAAAUUAUGAGGGACCAGAUCAGGUUGGUGAUUCAGGAAUCUGGGUUGGUUGAAAAGAUUCGAUCUUGCGGCUUUGAAGUCGUUGUGGGGUCUUCCGGUACGAUCAAGGCUGUUGAGAAGGCGGUCCUUUUCGGAUAUAGCAAUGUGAGCAAUUUGCUGUAGGUGGGCAAUUUGGUUUCUUUUGGGGAUGGCAAGAGGGAUUGGAAGCUGAGCAGAGGAGAGGUGAAGGGUGUUGUGGGGAGUUUGUGCGGCGGAGGAGAGGGGGAGAGGGUUAGGAAGGGGAAGUUUUAUAAAGGGUGGUCGGAGUUUAUGGUUGCAGGGGAAGUGCUGUUGGAGGGGAUAUUUGAGGUGCUUGGAAUUGAGGAGAUGGAGGUUUCUCGUUAUGCAUUGGCAGAAGGGGUUGUUGCAGAGAGUUUGGCAAAGGGUAGUGAGGGUUAUGAUUUGAAUGCCAAUUGAAAAUGGUCGUCUGUCAUGCGGCUUACAAUGAGGUUUAAUGGCAAGAAGAGGAUGAGAGCUGCUGCAUAGUGUGUUGAUAUUGCAAAGGAUCUUGAAUAUCUUGAAGCUGCAUGUGUGCUCCACAAUAUUGGGAUUUCCGUCGGCAAAAAGGGUUACCAUAAGCAUUCUAGUUCUAUCAUAACGGGCAAUCAUCUUCAUGGUUAUAGUACUGAGGAGGUCAAGCUGAUAGCACUACUUGCAAAACACCACAGGAAGAACUUACCAAACUUUGACCAUGUAUCCUUCAAGGAGUUUCCAGAACAGGUCAAAAAGAAAUUCAGGUUUCUAUGUGCAAUUAUCUGUACAUCUGCUGCACUACAACAACAUUGACUCAUAGGUUUCCAACAUCUGGAGAUCUCGCAUUCUCAAGAAGGUUUUAGAAUGGCAUGCAGUAGCAUAAAAGAUCAAAAUUAUCCACCUGGCAUUGUCCAGACUCUAGCUGAGGAUAUUGGAGAUGAACUAAGGCAAGAGUUAGCGCACUUUAAAAUGGCAUUCCAAGAAGAAUUGUACAUUGUCAUUCCUUCAAGUGCUUCAGAAUGAUCUGAGAGAGGAAUAUAUCGGCAGAAAUGGUGUUUUGUGAUGUCCUGAGAAAAUUCAUAUACUCCUCAAGUUCGGCCUAUUCAAGGCGUUGAAGCCAUGGAAGGCCAAAGGACAGUCACGUUGCGCAAGUGGAAGGAUAUCCCUUACGAACCAUUGACACAGAGCUCGUGGCCUGAACUUGUGUCGAUAGAGAUUCAUUUUGCCAACUGACCCGGGUUCUAUUCAAAGUCUGAAAUAGAGCACUUGCCGGAGAAUUGGGAGGUAACCAUACUCGAUCAUGAAACCCGUGAAUUGGGAGGUAACCAACUGACGCGGUUCUAAUGACACUCUUGAAUCGUAUUCUUCAGCUUCUGCCAAUUCACAAGGAUGCGAAAUACAAUGAGUCGGGUUUACCAUACUCCCUCAUUAAAAUUUAUUUUCUUAAGCAAUCUCAUGAUUCGGUUUUUCGGUUUUCUGUUGUUUCCUUAAUCUUCACAAUGCGACUCCAAUGAGUGGCAGCCUAGUAUGAGAGUGGUGUGGAUGAUCUAGAGGCCAUUUCAGAUGUUUAUGUAUGAAGAGGUUCUGUUGUUUCCUUAAUCUUCACAAUUACUAAACGCUGUCGUUUUUGGUUUCUAAUUUAUUGCCAUGACAGAAUUUAUCAUAGGCAACAAGGCCCAGAUGGGCAAUGUCUUAAAAUGUAAAGUGUCCGUUGUGUGGUUCCAAAGGCCAAU